GUGAGCUCUCCUGCAUCCGGGGAACAGAGUUCUACAAAAAGAUGGACCUCGAGACUCAAAAAGCAGGGCCCCCUCCCCAAGCUAUAGCUGCACAAGAUGAAGCAGCUAAGAAGGAGAUGGCCGCGGCCGAGAGAGGGACCAUUGGGGCAUUCUCAAGCUUUGUUAAGGACCUGGUGACGUGGUCUGUCCCCAGCCUGUCGAGCAGUUCUGAGAAGGUGCCCCAAGAAGAACCUAAGACGAGUGAUGGCCUCAUGUCGUAUGCUGAAGCCGAAGCAAGCGCGGAGGCAGCGGAAAUUGAGCACACAGAAGGCCCUAUGCCCUCCUCUCCCGUGGAUAAGGAUUACCGUCUGGCGACACGGGCGGAAACAGCUUUGGAGAUAGGCCGAGAGGCUUUUGGCCAUUU